AUGGCAGACAAUACACGAGUAAAACGCAAAAGAACUAGGCCAUUUGAGUUAUAUGGGCCAAAUUCUGUUGGCACGCAAGGUGCUGAUUCAUCGCCGACAGUUAUCAAUAUCGGGGAGGAAAGACUUGUAGAAGGGGUGGGGCGCGUUUCUAAUGGUGCUUUCUACCUGGAUGAGGACAGGGAUCCUUUGAUUAACGAGAUGCUACAGCGACAGACGUACAUGCUGGGAAAUAACUUUGGGAGCCCGUACGGGGUAGAAACCGUUGCUCCGGAAACUCAUGAACAGCCUCUAGUGUUUGGCAAUGAUAUGGAUGAAGAUAUGGUGGGAGGUCUACGUGCAUUAAACAAUACUGUCGUUGGUGGGAAUUAUACUUCUCGGCGGUAUAAGAAACAGCGUACCGUUUCUUUACCCCAGCUGCCUCACGCGAAACUGUAUUACAGGGACUUUGUAGCCCCUGGAGACAUUGGGGUUGUGCCACGGCGAGGUCAGACCGAUGAAGAGUUGCUACAUAUUAGUGGCUCUAGCAGUUUGACCUUGAAUAGCAAUCAGGCUGUUAAGCUUCCGGUUAUCCGCUCUACGUCGCCGAAUUCCGAUGCAUUGCUUGCUGAUCCAACUAUCGACCCAAGUGAAAUUGAUCCUAACUCUAAUGCUUUGGGAGCAUCGCUUGGAGUUGGUACGACUUUGAGUUUAUCGCAACCGAAGUUUAGCAAAUUAUUGGGAAGAAAGUCACGAACUAUAAAGAAGGAAUAUUUCAAAACUGAUAAAGACGGGCACUAUAUUUACCGGGAAAAUGACCUUAUUGCUAACGGACGUUUCACUACGAAAGAAUUGCUUGGUCAAGGAACAUUUGGCAAGGUUAUCAAAUGUACGGACAACAAAGAAUUGAGGAAGAAGUUUGUUGCCAUUAAAAUCAUUCGCGCUGUGGAUCGAUAUCGGCAGGCAGCGAAGACCGAGCUGAGGGUUCUGCAGACCAUAAAGGAGCAUGACCCUCUAGGUAGCUAUCAGUGUUUGGUAUUGCGGGAGUGCUUUGACUACAAGAAUCAUAUUUGUCUGGUUACAGAUUUGUUCGGAAAGUCAAUAUAUGACUUUAUGUGCAAUAAUGGGAAUCCUCGUUUUCCGGGGUCCCAUGUGCAAGCAAUAUCUAGACAGCUGAUUCGCUCUGUCUGUUUCUUGCAUGAUUUGGGGAUAAUACACACUGACCUCAAACCAGAGAACAUAUUAAUCUGCGAUGAGUCAUAUGUGGAAGUACCGCUAUCUGGUUCAUUACUCGCUACUUUAAGCACCCGUCGGAAGCAGGCUUCUGGGGGCAAGCAGAUGAUUCUGACGAAUCCGGAGGUCAAAUUGAUUGACUUCGGAUCUGCAGUAUUUUGUCAAGAAUACCAUCCCCCUGUUAUCUCAACCCGCCAUUACCGUGCCCCUGAAAUAGUGCUCGGUCUGGGAUGGUCAUUCCCAUGCGACGUUUGGUCCAUUGGCUGCGUCUUAGUUGAGUUAGUAACUGGUGAAUCACUAUACCCCAUCCAUGAAAACUUGGAGCAUAUGGCUAUGAUGCAGCGAAUCAAUGGCGAGUCUAUAGCCCGGAAAAUGGUUAGUAAGAUGUUCUACAAAGUAGAGCAUAAAUUGGGCAAUGUACCGUCAGACCUAAUGACAACUGUUGUAAGGCAUUUUGACAAGAAUACUAUGACUUUGCAGUGGCCAGAACGUAAUUACAAAGGAGAAAUUGUAACCAAAGAAAAAUCGAUGAAACGAGUAAUGACUACUUGCGAUCGUCUGGAUAAACUAAUUUCAGCGAAACUGCAAAAGGACUUCGGUGAAUGGUUAGUAAUAGACUGGGAUUUUUCCCCAGAACAGAACUGGGCGAUGAUAGAAUCAAAGUUUUAUAGUAGGAAUUUGAACUUGGACCGCGAAAUAUUUUUAUUCUGGUACUGGUUUGUGGAUUUGUGUCGCAAACUAUUUGAAUUCGAUCCAACUGAACGUAUUACUGCCAAAGAGGCAAUGGGCCAUGAAUGGUUUAAUUAUGGGAUUUUAGAUGACGGUAUUUCUAGCUUUGGAAGACUUUAA